AUGCUCGUUCUGCAUCCGGAGAAGCCGGAAAUCGUGUUUUUAGAGGUCCGCGAUAGUCAUCGGGGCGGUGGUAACAAGGAGGCUGCUACCACGGUUUUCACUUGCGAUAUGAGGAAGGGAAAUCUGGAGUAUUUCGCUCGAGUGAAACGAGGUGCGUCUCGUUGGCCGGUGUUCCAUCCUCGAGCCAAUUACAAGUGUUUGCCUACCCCGAUUCCAAGGCAUCUGAAGGGAGCCUCAACUGUUUGA